GGCGCGGGGAUUGCCGGGAGUGUUUGUGUGACGGGGGAGGUGUGAGUAGCUGAUCCGGUGAGUAGGCGAAUGUCAGGGUAUGAGUUGAAAUGGAGAAGCUUGAGACCAAUAUUGAAGAUGAAGCGUUGACAAGCAGAGAAGAAGUCGGCCCUGAUGGUGUUCAGCUAAGUCCAGGCCUUUCAGCAGAGGUGCAAGAGGAAAUUCUCUUCAAUGAAGAAACUAUAGAUCUGGACGCAGAUGCAUUUGGGUCUGAAGAAAAUGUCACCCUCUCUGAGGACUCUGGAAACUUACUGGACAAACUAAACGACCAAAUGAUGGAAAGUGUAAUCAUUUCAGAUUCCCCAAAUAUCAGUGAAGAUGAUGCUGGGGAACUUGGUUGCCUGCAGGAUAUUGUUGAUGAAAUUGAAAGCCAGGGAGUACUGCCGUUACAACCAGAAGCAGAGAAGGAGUUUAAUGUAAGUGGAAAUGACACUGAGCAUGCUGGGAUACAUGACAGCGUAACCUCAGAACCGCAGCACGUGGAAAUUAAAGUUGUGGUAUCUCAGAGUGAACCUAGCCCUGAUGCAGAGGACAGCCCUUUGCAAAGCCCAGGUAGUGAGCUUGAACAUGAACUGCUCUCCCCAGUUAGUAAGCAACCUCAAACAGAUGUUGUUCUACCCGUGUGCACGAUCUUUAGUAAACGCAAUUCCCAGCCUUCAUUUUUAGGGAGUGAUGGCUUUGAAUCGCAGAUUGUUAAGUCUCCAAGUUUUACUGGUGAAAUUAGAAGUACGGCAAAGAUUCAAACCCAUGUUGUCCAACCUAGUCCAAGUCUUAGCAACUUCUUUUCUGAUAACGGCAGCACUCCAUCUCCAGCGGCAGACUUUUUUGAUUCCUUCACAACGUCCUCAAAUUUUAUCUCUGUAAGUAAUCCAAACGCAGCCCCGGCUGUACCAGAGAUGAGCCACGGGUCUCUAACGCCAGAGAGCGGCACGCCUACGGACCCUGCCAGUAUAACGUUCUUUGUUGGCAACCAGUCCCUUAAUUCAAGCAGUUCUUUGGCCUCUGAGGUUUCGCAGUCUCCCAAACCGUUUUCUCAGAUUCACAGCGUGUUUGCUGGAAGCGAUGAUCCCUUUGCCACGGCUCUGAAUAUGAGUGAAAUGGAUAGACGGAAUGAUGCUUGGCUGCCUUCAGAAGACACCAGGGACAUACUUAUUUCUGUUGCCACCCAAAAAUACAGCACUGUGUUUAUCGAAAAGGAAAAGCUCACCAUGCCAGGCUUAAAGUUUGACAAUAUUCAGGGUGAUGCUGUCCGAGAUCUCAUGUUGCGUUUUUUGGGGGAACAGGCUGCAACGAGGAGACAGGUGCUAACAGCUCUCUCUGUCGAGCAGACGUUCGUGGGGCUCAAGAAGCUAAUUGAGAGCAAAAACUGGAGAGCGGCUGUUGAUCUCUGUGGGCGGCUGCUGACUGCCCAUGGCCAAGGGUACGGCAAGAGUGGUCAGCCAACUAAUCACACCACAGACUCCUUGCAGCUCUGGUUUGUAAGAUUAUCCUUACUGGUGAAACUUGGCCUUUUCCAAAAUGCUGAAAUGGAAUUUGAGCCCUUUAAAAACAUGGAUCAGCCAGAUCUUUACUAUGAAUAUUACCCUCAUGUUUAUCCUGGGCGCAGAGGGUCUUUGGUUCCAUUUUCCAUGCGGAUAUUACAUGCAGAACUGCGUCAGUAUCUUGGGAACCCCCAGGAGUCUCUUGAUCGGCUACACAAUAUGAAAGCUGUCUGUCUGCAAAUCUUGGUGAAUUUGGAAAAGGGACUUGCAGAAGAUGGAAGCAUGAUCACAAUCUCUCAGAGCAACAGACAAGCCUCUGUUCAGCUGUGGAGGUCACGUCUGGGCCGGGUGAUGUACUCCAUGGCAAACUGUCUGCUAAUGAUGAAGGACUAUGUUCUGGCUGUAGACGCCUAUCAGACCGUCAUAAAGUAUUAUCCUGAGCAGGAGCCGCAGCUGCUUAGUGGCAUUGGACGGAUCUUUCUCCAGAUCGGAGACAUAAAGACAGCAGAGAAAUACUUUGAGAAGGCAGAGACCGUGAUCCAAAAGUCGACUGCCAGUGACUCUCCACAGAACACCAUGAUUGUUUCGAUGAACAGGGCUUUCCUGCACCUUGGACAGAACAAUUUUGCAGAGGCGCACAGGUUUUUCUGUGAAGUACUAAAGACAGACCCUGCAAAUGCUGUGGCUAAUAAUAACGCCGCCGUUUGCCUGCUGUAUUUGGGCAAAUUGAAGGAUUCCCUCGGGCACUUGGAGGGGUUGGUUCAGCAGGAUCCCCAGCACUACCUGCACGAGAGCGUUCUCUUCAACCUGACAACCAUGUAUGAGCUGGAGUCGUCUCGGAGCAUGCAGAAGAAGCAGGCGCUGCUGGAGGCGGUGGCUGUCAGAGAAGGUGACAGUUUUAACACUCAGUGCCUGAAACUCAUCUGAUUCUCUCAUCGUUAAAUCAUUUCUUUUUUUGUUACUCUUUUUGUAGUGAAAGGCUGCAAAAUCUGUAAAUAUUCAGCUUGAAAUGUAAAUGAUACUCUGGUUAUUGUGCAGUAAAUAAAGUAUUUAAAGAAUA